AUGCCUCCAGAAGACGAUCGAGGGUGCUCUUUGGACAUCAGUCACAGAGUGUUUGAGAUCGAAGCAUCCAAAAGAAAUCGAGCUUCGGUCUCUGAAGCUCGGACUUUUGUCCAAGACAUGAUACGGAGACCCUACAACAGCUCGGAAGAAGAUGACAGUGAUGUGUCUGUGGGCUCAUCCAGCGCCAAGAAAAAUUCUGGCGAGCCAGUAACGUGGCAAUUUGACAAUCGCGUUGUUCCUAUUCACCCCGACUCACACAUCUGUAUGAUCUGGAAAACGAUCAUCGUGAUCAGUAUUGCUUUCACAGUCAUUACGGAUCCUAUCAGCAUUGCUUUUCACGCUUAUUCUGAAACAGAAUGGUUUAAUAUUUGCGAUCGAAUGGUCAUGGUCCUUUACAUGUUGGAUAUCGUUUUUCACUUCAUAACGGGCUACAGAGAUAAAGAAGGGCGGCUGGUUAUGAGAUAUUCGAAGGUGGCAAAACAUUACUGCGGGUCUUGGUUUACGAUAGACUUCGUCGCUGCUCUGCCAUGCGAAGUUUUCAUGGGGGUUCGUCAGAUUGGAAUUCUCAAGGCAGCAAGAGUGACAACCGUGGGACUUCACGUAGUCAAAUAUUCGAGGAUUCUGUCUUUCAUUAACAGGACUGCUGUCGCUUUCAUGAUCGGACACGGUCAGUUUUCAGGAACCACCUACCGAGAAGAGUUGUUAACUACCUUCUGUGCCCUCUUCGGCAAAGUCAUGUACAGUGGAUUCGUUUCCUUAUGCGUGCAGACGGUUUUGAGCAUGUACAGCUAUCGCACGGGUCACUACCAAGCGUCUAAGAAGCUUGAUCACUAUCUCGGAAAAAAGAAGGUCCCUUUUGAAAUGAAGCAAAGGGUGCGAAAGUUCCUCGAGGCAUCAUGGGACAGGAUCGGAGGAACGAAUGAAGCACUUGUCUUUGAGCCGCUGCCCAAGAGCUUGCGAUCGAGCCUUCACUACGGCAAGAUUGAACGACACUUCUGCACACUCCCGUUCUUUCAAGAUGCUCCCCGAAGCUUUCUUGUCAAUCUGGCUCAAUUUGCUAGAGUUGAGGCUUUUGUAGUGGGAGAUUGCAUCAUCCAAUCGGGAGAGCUGGCGCAGAACAUGUACAUCCUUGAGGACGGUAUCGUACAGGUAUGCAUGGAUGACAGGGUGGUGGCCGAGCUGGGCCCUGGCUCUUACUUCGGUGAGAACGCGCUGACCCACUAUCGGGUGGUUCGAAACACGUCAAUGCGAGCGAAGACCGAGGGCACUGUGACGAUGAUUCCCAACAAAGACGCGCGGAGACUCUUGAGGCGAUUUCCAGCGAUAAGGCGCAAAGUGGAGCAACAUGUGAAGGAGAAAUUCUCGGCCACCUUGAGCGAGAUUGAAGAUCAGCAGUCUGACAAGAUUGAUGAGCUGGAUUGA